AUGAGGACACAGAUGGAGCGAGUGGCUGCUUGGCUCCACCCCAAGCCCCCUGCCCUGUUGAGCUGCGACAGCCCCACACGCAGCGGUGCCGGUCAUUCCUGGGCUGCAACUUCCAAAACCGCGAGGCAGAAUAAACUUCUCUCUUAUUCGCUCAACGGUCUCAGGCAUCUGCCCGCGAGAUGCCCUGACCUGGUCCCUCGCCUCUCUGCGCCUGUCUCCUCUGCUCCGGUUACUAUCACGUGGGGCGCUUUGCACAUCCACGGCGGAGAGAAAAGUGGGUUUGGGAAGCUGAAUUUAACCGGCAGGAAGGCUUUCCCACACCGACAGGCAGAGGGCGGCGAGCGGAGCCGCGGGGCCACGCUCCAGGGCUUUCGGCCAGCGGAGGCGGGGCGGCGCGUGGGCGUGGGAGGCGGCCCUGCCCUCCCGGGCCUUAGCCGCAUGCGCGCAACCCGCGGCUCGGGUUCCGGGGCGAACUCUCCGCGCCCGGCGCGCGCGGGACGGAGGGUGGAGGGAGCUGAAAGCCGAGGAGCGGGGCAGACGCCGGAACGGGAGCCCUGGGCCGAGGCGACCGCCGGGGGUGGCAGGGAGGAAGAGCCCCCUAGCCUAGCGCCACCCAAGUCGACAGGGAUAAACAGACACGCCCUGUGCUCCCCAGCUCGCCCGCGGUGGACCCGGCCCCCGCGACGCCGCGACCGCGCCGCAGCCGCCCAGCC